UUUCUUCUUACAGAUGCUGAAGUCAAUAGCAGGAAGAAGACAUUCACUGAGGUUCAGACAGAACGAUUGGAACAGGCAGAUCGGAGUGUUUUAAUUAAGUGCCCAUCAAAACUUAAUGAAAAAUUACUGCAGUAUUUAUCCAGCCAUGGAAAAAUUGACAAUUACUUCUUUUUUGAAAAUCGUGGUAUUAAUGCUUUAAUAGAAUUUUCUGAGAAGAGCAGUGUAGCCUCACUACAGGCUGUUACUGGAAUUCCAAGGGCUGCUGAGCAUCAUGUUGUCCCAUAUAAAUCCAGACUUUUUACUUUCACACUGAAAAACCCCGGUAGUCAAGCUGCUGAAGAAAGGCCAGUAAACCUCUCUCCACAGUCUCACAUUCCAGUGAAUGAGCUUAUUCCAAAGCUUUGUCAUGCAGACAGUAUAAGCAGUCAAAUGUACAUUCUGCUGAAUGAGUAUCAACUUACAGAAGAAAACAUCAAGCUUCGAUACUUGGCCUGUUCUCUGGUUCGGGAUUUUGCACGCGCGUAUUUUCCAGACAGCUCUGUAAAGCCAUUUGGCUCUUCAGUGAACACCUUUGGCAAAUUGGGAUGUGAUGUGGACAUGUUUCUGGACUUCCGUGAUAUACAGAAGCAUCCUACAAAAAUGAAAAAAGGUCCCUUUGAAAUGGAGUAUCAGAUGAAAAGAUUACCAUCGGAAAGAUUAGCAACUCAGAAGAUUCUUUCUAUAAUUGGUGAUUGUCUUGACAAUUUUGGUCCUGGGUAUUCAAGCGUACAGAAGAUACUCAACGCUCGCUGCCCCCUGGUGAAAUUCUCCCAUCAACCAACAGGAUUCCAGUGCGACCUGUCAGUGAGCAACAGGUAAGACCUGGUUUUAAAUGGUUUAGGAU